AAAUUCUGAUACUUAUAUUAUUUUUGUGCCUCCAGAUUCUGAAGGUAGUCAAGAACUGGUUUAUAAUUUCAAGCUCUAUCAUUCUAAAAGACUAACUUCUUUUAAUCACAUAUCACUUUAUUUAAAAAUUAAUAAUGAGGUAAAAGAAAGGAAUUCUACAGUUACAACUAUGGCAUUAACUGGGUAUAAAAGUGAAUCAUUAUAUUGCACUUAUGCCUGCCUAUCUGAAAAACAAAAAGAAGAUGCACUUUCACUACUAAUUAAUAAUAUUGGAAAGUUGCUACCUUCAAGUAAUUUAAAUAAUUUGAAAACUUUAAAUAAUUCAGAAGUUCCAAAUAAAUCAAAAGCUUCAAAUGAAUCGAAAGCCUUAAAUGAAUCAGAAGCCUUAAAUGAAUCAGAGGCCUCAAAUGAUGCAAAA